ACUCACACAAAAAAAAUAAUAAUAAAUUCCACAUUUUUUGAACAGUAAAUCUAAUCUACUCAUUCCCGCGAUAGUGAGUAUUAGACUCGUUUUUCCUCGUGAGUAUCCGUGCGCGGCGCCGACUGAGCACGGAAGAGCUAGCGCGCGAGCCUACAAGACUUCGGGCCAGCUGAGAGCGAAACUGAGAUCAGCUGUCAGUGUGGAGGUAACUGUGCUGAGGGAAGGUGUGUAGUGUUGCGCUCUGUGCUCGCGAUUCACUUAUGUCGGGGAUGUAUCAUGUGGAUUAUUGAUCUCUCUCUUAUUGGUCGGGUCCGCCAUCACUGCGGGUCGGCCGGUAAUCGGGUGGGCUAAGAAAAGGAGGGGGAGAGAGAGAGAGAGAGAGAGAGAGAGAGAGAGAGAGAGAGAGAGAGAGAGAGAGAGAGAGAGAGAGAGAGAGAGCUCCGCCCACCACCGACAUAAGCAGAGGCAGCAGAGAAGCAGCAUCCGGAGCGCCAGCCCCUCCAAGAGCAGCAGAAGUGGCCGCAGCAGGAGCAGCAGGCAGCAGGACGCGGCGCUGCCCCUCGACGCCGCCGGGGGGAGGGGAGGCAGGGAAAGCGGUCGGCAGGGAGGAGGGGCCGGGAGGAGCCGUAACAGGGGGAUGUGGCCCCCCACCCCCCACCCCCCGCGCGCUGGCCUCACCACCCUUCUGCUCACCACCCUGCUCACUGCUGGCGUGGCCAAGGAGUGUGCGGUGAGCGAGUGCACGGCGACCUUCCACGAGGGCACGAACGCCGGCGUGCAGAAGGGGCCGACGCUCGCCUACUGCCAGCUGCUGCAGGCGUACAAGGCGUGCCUGGAGGAGACGCGCAGCUCCUGCCGCGGCGACAUCCACUACCUGUCGGCCAGCGGCAUGGCCAGCCACGUCGCCACCAACAACAACUGCUCCAGGAUCCUCAGCGGCGAACUGGCGCCGUCGGCGAGCGCGGGGGGCGCCACCCUCGCCCCCGCCGCCGCCGCCACCGACGCCGACGACCUGUGCCGCUACCGGGCCGCCGCCGUGGCCGCACCCGCCCACUGCGGCCUCUUCGGCGACCCGCACCUCAAGACCUUCGCCGGCGCCUACAUGACCUGCCGCGUUCAGGGGGCGUGGCCGCUGCUCAACACGCCCGACAUCGCCAUCCAGGUCACCAACGAGCCCGUCGGACCCGACAACUACGCCACCGCCACCACCAAGGUAGGCCGACGCCGCCCUCGGCACUCGGGGCUUUCGUCCGGCGGGGGAAGGGCGCCUCGCUCCCCCUCCUGCCGCUGGCUCCCUUUCUGCGCCUGUCCUGGUCUUUGCUCUCUCUCUCUCUCUCUCGCUCUCUCUCUCUCUCUCUCUCUCUCUCUCUCAUGGGAGAGCAGUGGUGGUGUUAACCCUCAAGAAAGGUUGUAA